ACUGUUAAAAAUAAAGAAGAAAUAAUUAAAAACUCUGUUAAGCAUAUUUGGAAAGCAACUGAAGGCAAAGUUGUUACUAUUACUUUCGAUGACCCAUUAAACUCAGCAACAAUAACCUUAAAUAAUAGCAACAAACCUAUUUUAAAUUUGAAUGUGCCAGAAGUGGUUCUUAUAAAUGAAGAAAUUUUUAGGAAGAUAGUAAAUGUGGUUGAUGGAUCUAACAGAAAAGAACCUAUUAUAAUUAACGAAGUAGAAAUAAGGCUUCAAGAAAAUGAUUCAGAAGCUUCUGUUUCUGUAGACCAAACUUUAAACUACAAAGAAAGUGAUAAUAAUGCUAUUGGGAAGGAUCAAGGAAAUGAAAUUCAAGAUUUGGACUCUGUAGCCGAACCCUUAAACUAUGAAGAAAGUGAUAAGAAUCAAGAAAAUGAAACACAAGAUUUGAACUCUAGUAUUCAGGUAAAAUUACAUGCCAACGAUGAACCUGUUAACAACUUCAUAGAAAGAGUUCCUUCAAAUUUGAUAGAAGAUUCCUUACCUAGCGUUAAUGAAAUAUUGAAUAGUUCAAGUACAAAUAUUAUGAAACAAACUAGCGAUUCAUUUCCUACCACUAUCGCUAAUACUGAAUUUUUGAGCGAUAAUAAUCUG